AUGGAGGAGCUCGAUAAGAAGAUAGAUGCUUUAAUGGCAGGAAUGGAGACGAAGUUGACUUCAUUUCUUCAAGCUCUCAAUAGAGACAGAGCAGCGGCACCAGGGGAAUCCCCUUCACCAGAGAAGACUCCUUUAUUGUCCAAUCCACAUGUAAGAUGCAAGGAAUGGAGCGAUCAGUUAGCAGCGAACAAGGAGCGCAGGUUUACAAUUCUGAAUCCUCCUAAGGUAGAUCUUCCUUUCUUUGAAGGGGAUAGACCUCAGGAGUGGAUCAGGAAAUGUGAAAAAUAUUUUCUCAUUCAUCAACUUCCUGAGGACCAGAAAUUGGAUGUAAUGGAGGUGUAUCUGGUAGGGAAAGCAGAAAUAUGGUUUCAAGGAGUAAAGCGGAGCAAGGGAAGAAUCUCUUGGGAAGAAUUCUGCGAACUAUUGAAGAGGAGGUUUGGAGAUCGAGGAAGAAGAGAUGAGGUGGAGGAGUUCAAUAAACUCCACCAAACCAGUACUGUCAAGAACUAUCAGGAAAAAUUUGAGGAACUGAGUUCCUUGAUGUUAGUAAGGGAUCCUCACCUUUCUGAAUCUUACUUUGUCUCUAGUUUCAUCAGUGGCAUUAAAGAAGAAAUCAGGCCUAUGGUUAAGAUGUUGAAGCCUAAUACUUUAAUUGAGGCUUUUGAGAUUGCAGAAUGGCAGGAACAAUCACUGGCAUUAAAUGGAAGGUAUGCCAAAAACACUAGGAACUGGGAGCCUGGGGAAAAUUUUAGGUCCUCCAGUCCCUUGUCAACAGCCAACACAGGAGGGAAGGUUUUAGAACCAUUCGGUCAAAAGAAGGUGAAUUCUGAGAGCACUAACAUGGAGAGUAGGAGGAUCUCUCCUCAGGAGAUAUUGCGCAGAAAGAACAAUCAUCUGUGUUUUAAGUGCGGGGAGAGGUUUAGUCCUGGUCACCAAUGCAAAUAUAGGCAUUUGAAUUUCAUCUUAGAAGAAGAUGAGGUACCUGAAUUUCUUGAUGCAAUUGGAGAACAGGAUGAGCAGACUGGUCACCCAGGACAAUCAGUAGAUGUGUCCCUGCACGCUUUGACCACCUCUAUCAAGAGGAAAACUCUGAAGCUGCAGGGGGAGUUAGGAGGAAAAAUUAUAUCUGUUCUGAUUGACACUGGCAGCACUAAUAGCUUUCUGAAUUCCACAUUACUGCACACCAUGACCUUAAGGACAGCUAAGAUGACACCACUAAGAGCUACAAUUGCUGAUGGGACCACCAUUUCGAGUGGGCUGUUUUGUCCCGAUGUAACUUGGAACAUCCAAGGUUAUAGCUUUAGUUUUCCCUUGGUAAUCAUGGAACUGGGAACAUGGGAUAUGAUACUUGGAGUAGAUUGGAUGGUGCAGUACAGCCCUAUUACAUUUGAUUUCAAACAGUUGCUGGUCAAACUAUCAGAAGAGGAUGGGAAAAUGGUGUUGGAAGGAGUAGCUGAACAACCUUCAAUGAAGCUGGUCCGUGGAAAAGCAAUAAAGAAGUUCAUGCAACAGAAACAUAGAAACUUGGCAGCAUUCUGUUCCGUGCCUGAGGAUUGCAACUCAGAUGAUGUAAGUCCACUUCCAAGUGAAAUCUCAGAAUUACUGCACCAGUUCUCUGAUGUGUUUGCUGAACCUACACAGUUACCACCUGAAAGAGCACAUGACCACACCAUACCCUUGAAACCAAGGGCUCAACCUUUUAAACUCAGACCCUAUAGGUAUCCACAUUCUCAAAAAACAGAAAUUGAAAACCAAGUGUCCAACAUGCUUCAAACUGGGAUCAUUAAGCCUAGUACUAGCCCUUUCUCUUCACCUGUCCUCCUAGUGAAAAAGAAAGAAGGUACCUGGCGUUUCUGUGUAGAUUACAGGUACCUCAAUGACCUCACCAUCAAGGAUAAAUAUCCUAUUCCAAAUAUUGAAGAGCUCUUAGAUGAACUAUUUGGCUCUAAGUUCUUCAACAAGAUUGACCUCAGAUCUGGUUAUCACCAAAUCAGAGUCAAGGCUUGUGAUAUCCAUAAAACAGCAUUUCAAACUCACCAAGGCCAUUAUGAGUUCCUAUCCAGACCUGCAAUCCCAUGUAAACCACCUGAGAACUGUGUUGGAAAUUCUGAGAUCUCACCAGUUGUAUGCAAAGAUGUCCAAAUGCAUGUUUGCUCAGCUGAGAGUGGAGUACUUGGGCCAUAUCAUAUCCUACAAUGGGGUUGA